AUGGUGAACAAUUUCUCCCAAGAUGAAGCUGUGGAGCUCUGUUAUGAGCAUGUGAAUGGAUCCUGCAUUAAGACCCCUUAUUCGCCAGGCCCUCGAGUGAUCCUGUAUGCAGUCCUGGGUUUGGGGGCUGUACUGGCUGUGUUUGGAAACUCACUGGUCAUUGUUGCCAUCCUUCACUUCAAACAGCUGCAUACACCCACCAACUUCCUGAUCGCAUCCUUGGCCUGUGCGGACUUCUUGGUGGGAGUGACAGUGAUGCCCUUCAGCACAGUGAGGUCUGUGGAGAGCUGCUGGUACUUUGGGGAGAGCUAUUGUAAGCUUCACACGUGUUUUGACGCAUCUUUCUGUUUUGCCUCUUUAUUUCACUUAUGCUGUAUUUCUAUUGAUAGAUAUAUUGCUGUCACUGAUCCUCUGACCUAUCCAACCAAGUUCACGGUGUCAGUUUCAGCAAUAUGCAUUGUUCUCUGUUGGUUCUUUUCAGUCACAUAUAGUUUUUCUAUCUUUUAUACUGGAGCCAAUGAAGAAGGAAUUGAGGAGUUAGUAGUUGCUCUCACCUGUGUAGGAGGCUGUCAGGCUCCAUUGAAUCAAAAUUGGGUUCUGCUUUGUUUUCUUCUAUUCUUUCUACCCACUGUUGCCAUGGUGUUUAUAUAUGGUAAGAUAUUUUUGGUGGCUAAGCAUCAGGCUAGGAAGAUAGAAAGUACAGGUAGCCAAGUUCAAUCAUCCUCAGAGAGUUACAAGGAGAGAGUAGCGAGAAGAGAAAGAAAGGCUGCUAAAACAUUGGGGAUCGCUGUGGCAGCCUUUCUUAUCUCUUGGCUACCAUACAUCAUUGAUGCUGUGAUUGAUGCUUAUAUGAAUUUCAUAACUCCCCCUUAUGUUUAUGAGAUACUAAUGUGGUGUGUUUAUUAUAAUUCAGCUAUGAAUCCCUUGAUAUAUGCUUUUUUUUACCCCUGGUUUAGGAAAGCGAUAAAACUUAUUGUAAGUGGCAGAGUCUUAAGGAGUGAUUCAUCAACAACUAACUUAUUUUCUGGAGAAGCAGAUAUAGAUUGA